AAAUUAAAGUCCACGGCGAAAUUAUGCCCUUGCUCUUCUGCAUCUCUUCUCUCAAAACUCUAAACUAAAUCCUCGAAAAUCCGUAUCAAUUAUUAUUGUAACAAUUAAAAAUGAAGAUUUUCGUGAAGACGCUCAAGGGCACCAGCUUCGAAAUCGAAGUGAAACCCGAAGACAAGGUUGAGAAUGUGAAGAGAAUCAUAGAAACUACGCAGGGAGCCGAUGUUUAUCCUGCAGCACUGCAAAUGCUUAUCCAUCAAGGAAAAGUUCUUAAAGAUGGCACAACACUUGAUGAGAAUAAAAUUGCUGAAAAUGCGUUUGUUGUUAUUAUGCUGUCGAAGAACAAGGUCUCUCAAGGUGAAGGCUCAACGACAUCAAGUGCACCCACUGUGAAGGCACCCAGAUCAGGUGAAUCACAGCCUACUUCAGCUCCAGUAUCAACAACCCCUCAACCUCCUGUGGCUGUGCCUUCACUCGCUCCUGUUUCUGUUCCAGCUCCUGCUGCUGUUCCUUCUCCUGCUCCUGUUUCAGCUGCCAAUGCUGUGUCGGAUGUUUACGGACAAGCUGCAUCUAAUCUAGUAUCAGGUAAUAACCUUGAGGGUACUAUCCAGCAGAUUAUUGAUAUGGGUGGGGGAAUUUGGGACAGAGACACAGUUGUGCGAGCUCUUCGUGCUGCUUUCAAUAACCCAGAGAGAGCGAUUGAUUAUUUAUAUUCUGGGAUACCUGAAUCAGCUGAAGCCCCUGCUGCACCUGGUGGAACGGCUGUCAAUGUGCCUGCACAACCUCAGGAAGCUGUGCAAGCAGCACCUGAUCUUGCCUCUGGACCGAAUGCGGAUCCACUAAAUCUUUUCCCACAGGGUCUCCCAAAUAUGGGUCCGAACGCUGGUGGUGCAAACACCCUAGAGUUUCUACGGAACACUCCACAGUUCCAAGCACUGAGGGAGAUGGUGCAGGCCAACCCUCAAAUCUUGCAGCCCAUGCUUCAAGAGCUCGGAAAGCAAAAUCCUCAAUUAGUGAGGCUGAUUCAAGACCACCAAGCAGACUUUCUUCGCCUGAUCAAUGAGCCCAUAGAAGGCGAUGAAGGCAAUGUAGAGGGGCAGCUUCCUGCAGCAAUGCCUCAGGCCGUGACAGUUACACCAGAGGAACGCGAGGCUAUAGAACGACUUGAAUCUAUGGGGUUCGACCGGGCAAUAGUUCUUCAAGUGUUCUUCGCCUGCAACAAGAAUGAGGAGCUGGCUGCAAACUACUUGUUGGACCAUAUACAUGAGUUUGAAGAGUGAUGAAAUAUUAGCAUUGAGGUCAAUAACAAUUAUCUAUUUCCAAAACCCUAUUUUCUCAGUUCUUAUUGUGUGCAUAUUCUGAACUUUAUUACCCAUCUUUUUUUGGAGUUAA